GAGACCAGCACGCUGGAAUCAAGCUGGGCGGCCCCUUUAAAAGGCAGAGCUUGGAAGGCGGAACUAGGGAGUGUCGCUGCCAGACGCGCCCGGAAGGCUGAAAAUGUUACACCCGGAAGUACCUUUGGAGAGAGGAAGCUGGUCUGUCAGAAGCCUCGCCGCUAUGGGCCGCAACAAGAAGAAAAAGCGAGGUGCCGACGACCGGAGGCCCCGGCUCGUCCUUAGCUUCGACGAGGAGAAGCGGCGGGAGUUCCUGACAGGUUUCCACAAGCGGAAGGUGGAGCGUAAGAAGGCCGCCAUUGAGGAGAUUAAGCAGCGAUUGAAGACAGAGCAGAAGAAGCUCCGGGAAGAGCGCCACCAGGAAUACUUGAAGAUGCUGGCGGAGAGAGAGGAGGCGCUGGAGGAGGCAGACGAGCUGGACCGGCUGGUGACAGCAAAGACAGAGUCGGUACAGUAUGACCACCCCAACCACACAGUCACCGUGACCACCAUCAGUGACCUGGACCUCUCUGGGGCCAGGCUGCUUGGACUGCCCCCGCCUGAGCAAGGGGCUGGGAACGGGUCCGAGGAGGAGGCGUCAUCCAUGGAGAAAGCAACCAGAGCCUUACCCAGGAAGUCCAGAGACCCCCUGCUCUCUCAGCGGAUCUCCACCCUCACAGCAUCCCUGCAUGCACACAGCCGCAAAAAGGCCAAGAGGAAACCUCCCCGGCGGGCCCAGGACUAUACCAGGAAGGCCCCGAGUGCCACUCGGACCAGCAAGACCCAGCGCCGCCGACUGACCGGCAGAGCCCAGCACAGUGGAGAUUGAGACCUGCAGGCCAGGCAGGGCCCCAGCAUGGGCUGCAGGGACCUGUUCUGCUUCUGUGCGGUUGGCCCUGUAACCCCGCCUAUACCAAGGGGAAGACUGCCCGGCUCCAGGCGGGGGAGCCAGCAGCUUCAUCGCCUGGGGCCUCCCUGUCUAAGGACUGCCCAGGAGGACGGUCUCAGAUCUGUGAAGCAUCAGAUUGUGUGUUCGCAGUGUGUCUAGUCUCUGGCCUUGAUGCUGUGCAUGGAGGGCAGGCUUCUGGGAUGGUAAAAUGGUCCAGGGUAGUGUGUCUCUCUCCAGUCUCUUAACAGGUUUCCUGGCAGCAUUGGGUCAGGGUCCCCAGCCAGGGUUGAAGACCAGUGUAUUCCUGGGUAGAACCCAGAGCCCACCUGUAGUUCCGGGAGGCAGGCAGCCGAGGCAGGGUACAUGAACUGAGCCAGCUCUGCCUGUAAGUGCUGAGACUUGGCCUGCCCCUCGCCCUGGGCCUCAUCAGUCUCCUCAGCUGAAAUUGAAGAGCUGAAAUGCAGCUGAGUCCUGAAACAGUCCCAGCCCCGCCUCGAACAGCUUCCCUGGGCGUCCAGCAUAGAGCAGUUGGUCCUCAUUUAGGAAAAUGCAUCUGAGCUUGCAGGAGAGAGUGGCCCCUUCAGAGCUGACCCCACGAGGCCAGCUGGGGUUCCACAGGGUCUGCUGUGUCUUCACACUCCCAGAUAGACCUUCAGCCUGGCCUCUGAGCUGCAGAAAACCAGCCUUGGCCCCUUGGUCGCAGCUUGUGAGUGGUGGGAUGGAGCACAGUAGUUUCGGGGUGUGCCCUGGUUAGGGGAGCUGUGUUGGGACAGCAGAAGGAAGUAAGUUGUGUCCUCAACUCACGUCAGCACCAGCAAGAGAGCUGGGGCCGUAGGACAGUGGACAUGGUGGGAGAGGGUGCAGGCUCACCUAUCCAGGUCAGGCUCCCCCAACUCCACAGAGGGUCAGCCUGGAAUGGUGACUCAGGCUGUGCCUAACUGGACAGCCUCUUCCAAGUUGUCAGAACCCAUCAUCUGGCGUCUGAUGGUGGUUGGUGUGAGCUCAGGGCUUAUGGCAAGGAGUCCCCUUGACCCCUUCCACCUGCCAAGCCUGCUUCCUUCCCACUGCCCUCUGGUGCUGAGGGUGGGGCUCCCUCCCCAUCUGGGCUGAGUGGUGCAGGCUAUGAGGCUCUCCAGGGGGUUUGGUUCUCAGCCCAGGGCCGCACCUGUGGGCCUUACCCUUAAGACAUGUUUUGUCAAAACACUGACCUGCAGCUGCCCCGAUGUUGGAGAAACAUGCAUAAACCACUUCCCGAAACACCUGGCACUGUCGGAGGGCAGCACUGCAGUGUUCACCACUAUGGCCUCUGCUGAGACGUUGGACCCCAUGUCCUCUCAUCAUCUACAACUGCCAUUUACAAUUUAUGUCUCCGGGUAUUAAAUUCUCAUCCACA